AUGUCUUCCCAAGAUGACGCUGAUGAUUUCGCACCUAACACCACCCCUGGCUACAAGCCAACGGCGGCAAAGUCUGUUGACGAGUAUGCCAAGAUGGACGCCAACGAUGAGAGCUUGGCCCGCUGGAAGGCCAGUCUUGGGAUCACCGGCGAGGGUGGCGGCGACCCGACCAAGCGCAAGGUCGAGGUAUUGACUCUGGAGCUCACCUCCCCUUCGCUACCUGCUGGCCGUACCAUCUCUGUCGAUUUGAACAACCCCAAUCAGCUCGCGGAGAUGAAGGACUCGCCGAUCCAGGUUAAGGAGGGUGCGGAGUAUAGUUGUCACAUCAAGUUCAAGGUCAACCACUCGCUUGUUACCGGGUUGCGCUAUAUACAAGUCGUGAAGCGCGGUAUGGUCAAAGUCGACAAGGUGGACGCCAUGUUGGGCUCGUAUGGAUACCAGGCGGACGUGCGCACGGCCUCAGUGGUUCAGGAUGAAUUCCCUUCUGGUAUGCUCGCGCGAGGCACGUACAACGUCAAGAGCCGCGUUACGGAUAUCGAUGGUGAAGUCUGGGCUGAAUGGGAAUGGCUGUUCAAGAUCGGGAAGGAGUGGUGA